AUGGAUGAAAUGGAAGAGGAGUUAAAAUGCCCGGUGUGCGGUUCAUUUUUCCGCGAGCCGAUCAUCCUGCCGUGCUCGCAUAAUAUCUGCCUGGCCUGCGCGAGAAACAUCCUGGUGCAGACGCCCGACGCCGAAUCCCCGCAGAGCAGCCGCGCGUCAGGCUCCGAUUAUGAUUACUUAGACCUGGAUAAGAUGAGUCUGUACAGCGAGGCGGACAGCGGAUACGGCUCUUACGGUGGGUUCGUGAGCGCACCGACCACCCCGUGCCAAAAGUCCCCAAACGGGGUGCGCGUUUUCCCCCCUAGCGUGCCUCAUCCGCCCCAGGCGCAACACCACCUGCUGCCUCACACCGGCGUCCUGCCGCCAGUCCCGCGAAACUCCUGCCUCACCUGCCCGCAGUGCCAUCGCAGCCUGACGCUGGAUGACCGGGGGCUCCGGGGCUUCCCCAAGAACCGUGUUCUGGAGGGGGUUGUGGACCGGUACCAGCAGAGUAAAGCGGCCGCGCUUAAGUGCCAGCUGUGUGAGAAGAGCCCCCGUGAGGCGACGGUCAUGUGCGAGCAGUGCGACGUGUUCUACUGCGACCCGUGCCGCCUACGAUGCCACCCGCUCCGGGGUCCACUAGCCAAACACCGGCUCGUACCUCCGGCGCAAGGCAGAAUCAGCCGCCGCGCGAGUCCCCGGAAGAUCUCCACCUGCACCGAGCACGAGCUGGAGAACCUGAGUAUGUACUGCGUCCAGUGUAAGACCCCCGUGUGCUACCAGUGUCUGGAGGACGGCAAACACUCCACUCAUGAGGUCAAAGCUCUGGGGGCCAUGUGGAAGCUCCACAAGGGACAGCUCUCUCAAGCACUGAAUGUUCUGUCUGAUCGAGCCACCGAGGCCAAAGAGUUCCUGGUGCAGCUCAGAAAUAUGGUACAACACAUACAGGAGAACGGAGUUGAAUUCGAGGCUUGUUUGGUCGCACAGUGUGAUGCUCUGAUUGAAGCUCUCAACCGCAGGAAAGCUCAGCUUCUCAGCAGAGUGACCAAAGAACAUGAACACAAACUCUCAGUAAGCACAACCACACAAAACAUCCUCAAAAAAGAAUCUCUAAGAUGA